AUGCUUCGAGUGACGAGUUCGCGGCGUGCGGCGGGAUUGAAGCCUGGCGACUUUGACCACAACAUUGACCUUGUUGACCACGAUAACAAGACCGAUUCCCCUGCUGGAUUGUCUGCCGGGGAACCCGCAAUUGAGAGAGCGUCGACGGAAUCGCGACUUUUGCGCUCUGAAGAUGGCGCGACGCAGGGCGACAACUCCGAUAGCCCUCGGGUCGAAGAGCGCCCCGUGGAGGAGCUGCAGGCUGAGCAGGAGCUGCCUCAAAAUGCCGUAAGGCCCUCAAUUGAAGUUCAAGCGCCGACGCCAGGUGAAUUCCAUGGGGGCGAGAACGUUGUACCCAGGAAACCAAAAGUUAAACGAGAAACUUUUAUUGACAUCCUGUACGAGAAUGAGCGAGGCGGUUUCUUAUGUGGCCGACCUCUGUUCUCAGCCGCUGCCCUUGGAGGUAUUGAUGCCUCAGCGUGGACAAACAUGUACCAUAAGCCUUCGCCAACCAAUAUCCAAAAUGCACAGGUUCCCGACCCCUCUUGGGAAUGGGUAUGGUCAGAAUGGCAUCUCAACAUCCAAGAUGGGACGGAUGAAGGCGGUUGGGAAUACUCCUUUGCGUAUAGCAAGAGAUUCUCAUGGCACGGUCCACGAUGGUACAAUUCGUUCGUGCGACGACGGGCAUGGACCCGGAAGCGAGCCAAGAAGAGACCCGAAGAUAUUUCCGCGGACCCUUACAUGGAGAAUGGGGAGUAUUUCACUGUGCGACCAGCAUCGGAUAGAGCAACUUGCCCAUCUCAGAGGAGCUUGUCCAGCAGCCGGAGCCCUAGUAGGACGAACCUUAGUGGUGUAUCAUCACGGGAAUCGGGACGGACAAUACCGGACAUUGAGCAUUUGGACACCCUUAUCCAUAGACUGCACCAAUCAAGGAUCGACCGCGAAAAGCUCGAUGCAACGAAAAAUUAUUUGAGGAACGCUACGGAUCUUGGUGAUCUCCCCGACAAAAUUCACGAGAUCAUGGCUCUCUUCGUGUUCCAGGCUUCACGGAGACUUCUUUUGAGCCAUAUCAUCCAGAUAUAUGAUGAAUCGACGAAGGAGCUCGAAACGAAGGACAGCGUGGAGGUUAAGGAGCGCCACGAGGCCGUUAAAUCUGCGCUUAAGCAUGCAGACGAAGAGGUACGGAAGCUUGCUUACUGGAGCGAUGUUAAACAUAUGGCAGUUGAGGCGUCAAGGAGCGAAACUGCACGCUUCGGUUUCAGCUUUGAGUCCUUAAGGUCGGCUAAUGGGACGUUUGUUAAGGGGGGCAGGGUGAGCCCGAGCCAAGAGGCUCCCAGAGCGAAACCGGCAAGCGAUGGUGGGAGCAUCAAUGGCGCUCAGGCGGCCUCGGCGACCGAACCUGUGUGGCGGAUGAGCGACCAAGAACCCGAAGAUGGCGGAGAUGGAGUUGAAGAGGGAACAGCGAGCCUCACGACAAGCCUCGUCGAAGACACCACGCCGGAAUCAAUACUUUCCGAGGUUCGCAACGCAAUUGCAACCAAGACUAUACCCACGAACGACCCGACCCUGAAAAAUGCCGUCUUCCGCGAGAUAUAUCAAUCGAUAAAGAGUGACGAUCCGCUUAUACAAGAGAAGUUUGCGUCUCCGUUUAGGCCACAAGCAUUGAAUUAUCCUUCAGCCUUGUCGAGAAGAGCAAACCUCGACAGUGUUCACAAGGCUUCCAAGAAACUCGUAGCACAGGACAAACUCUGGGCUAUGCACCUUCCCGAGGGCCAUUUCUUGCUUCAGCGUCUGGACUGGAGCCAUAUAUUUGGGCUCCUAAAGGCCAUGACUUCGAAACUGUCGGAUCGAGAUUUAGCGACCAUGCGAUUCGUUCUCCCAGAAAAUGUAUCGUUUGACUUCGAAAAGCGCCGCCUCACAUAUGUAGACUUGGCUACAGGGCAGACAUCUCCGCUCAGAGCAUCUGGCGAUCGUGCCAAUCCGACGGGAGUUAUAUUGAGAGGCCCUAGAAAAGCGUUAGCAAAGGCAGCCGAUGAGCUGAUCCAGGUGUUGAAGGGAUUUCAGGUAUUCAAGCUUGGAGACGUAACUACCCAAGACUACGUAACUACGCAGCUAUGGCCGACGACCGAUAAAUCAGUCAAAGUCGAGAAAACGGAUUCUGACAACGGAAAGGACUCCCUCUGGCUGAACACAGAGCCAACGAAGCCGACAACGGAGCGCAGAGUUGAGCAUUUGCUCAUCCCCGUCCACUGGUCGGUGGACGGACUGAGUUCUUUUAUUGAAAAUGUCAUUUAUUGUCAUCUACCGCCAAGACUAGAUCCUAAACUUCAUAGCGAUCUCAUCGAACAGAUCGGUGAUGGUGCUCUUGAUAGGAAUGCCGUCAAGGCACGACUGAUCAUGAAGGUCUUAACGGAUCCUAGCGCGACUCAAUUUAUCACAGUACAUACGUUGAAGUUGUCAAUGGCUUUUCUUACACGACGAGGUGGUUAUAUUGCUGACGCUGAUCGUCUACUCUCCUUCGCGGAACAGCGGGGAUUGCCCAUGGACACUGAUUUUUUCAACAUCUUGCUUGAAGGCUACGCCUCCAACCUGGAUUAUAGGCAUUUUUAUGCGUUAUUGGCCAGAAUGAAGGAUCGAUUCUUCCAGCCUAAUGCGCGCACCUGGCUUCUCUUUCUACGGCUCGUCCAGAGAAACAGCGAGCGGCAACGGAUAGUUGCUGCAAUGUACGACCUAGGCCUGUUCAAAGACCCGGAAACCCGUCGUGGUAUUGGCAGUGUAUUUGCCCAGCGAGAAGCCCACUUGGCUUUCAAGACCGGAAAAGUCAAUAUUCAGCAAUUUAUGGAUAUUCUAGCUACCACGUACGGCAGUGACUGGCGGACCCAGGAGACUCUGAGCUGUAUUCUGAAGGAAUACCUUCAUGUUAUGGGAAAAGGCUUUCAGAUAUCCCAACUGGAGCUCCUUCUUCAGCAACAGCCAGAUGACGGGCGCCCCCUGGAUGCUCGAUUCUUUAAUGAUAUUCUGGAGCACUGCCGGGCCACACGAGACUGGAACCUUGCUAUUUGGACGCUACAGCAAAUGACUAAACGUGGGGUAAUGCCUGACGAGAAAUCCUACGACCAUCUGAUCCGGAUGGCUGUGUGGACAAAGCGACAGCGCACUCUGGGCGCCAUUUUGUUCCAGGCGAUUCUCGACCAGAGCGUAACCUCCGAAACACGCUGGAUGCUGGCUGGUCUUAUCCAAGGCCGCCACAAAAACAAAAUCUUCUGGCGAACUCGCCUCCCUCUGGUUUUUACCCGAGCGAUGCUGCUGGACAUGGCUCUUCGGCGCAACCUCUCGGGCCACGACCCAUGGCAUGACAUGGUGCAGUGCAUCCUAUCCGAGUGCGGUGAUCUGGCCCCAGACCAGUCGCUGGCCGAAACUAUCGACCAAGCGCUCCGAAUCGACAAUUUCGAGUUCAAGUACCAGCAGAGGCUGAACAAGCCAGUGACCUUCAAACUAAAACAUCCAGAUGGUUCCUCCCCAGGACGGACUCUAUCCCUGCAGCAUAGCAGCGACGAAAGCCCGAACACUCUAUCCAAGGCCGACCCUGACGAGAGCUGGACCAAACUACUCGGUCACAGCGACGUGGAACAUGCCCCCCUCAGCGCCACGGAGAGACUACACUUCUUCUCCAACGACAACCCCGCCCCGGCCCUCUCAGCACUCUUCCCCGACGCCAUCCUCGACCACGAAGAGUUCGAAGACAUGGCCAUGAGCUCCCCCGAGGACGCAGAGAAGGCACGAGCCCUCGUCGCCAGGAUCCAGACCCUGGGAGGCGACGAGUUCUGGGGCUACGACGUCCAGGACGCGCCGCAGCCCUCCUCCUCCUCCGCCGAGGAAGACGGCGACGGCAUCCUGGCAACCCUGGAGAUGGAGAGCGGCAACGCGGACCCGCGCCGCGUCUGGGAGUACUUUGGGUUCUGCGAGGCCUGGGACGUGCCCUGCUCCGUCGCGGACGAGCCAGCGCCGGCACUACUAUCACUGGGCAAAAAACCCACGACGCGACGUGGCAAACCCGUCUCCGGGAGCGAGAAGGGCAAGAAGGACCAGUUCUUCACAAGCCCAAAACCGCGUGUCGGGACUCGGAUCCUGAACACAUCCCAGUUCAUGGAAUGGGUCGUCGCGACGCCUCGGACCAACGUUCGGAUGAGAUAG